GUGAGCCUUAGGCAGCAGCCAGUGCACUGGAAUAAUGAGAGCUAGACAGGCUGUGCCAUCCUGCACAAGUCUCUGUGUGUCUCUAUCCACUGUGUGUGUAUGCAUCUGUGAGAGCGUCCUCUCUCUCUCUCUCUUCUCCCCCUUCUCUCUCCUUCAUAACCCCCUCCUCCUUCCACCAGCUCUUGUUCUUUUCAUGAGAUGCAGCGCUAGGAAGCUAGGAGAGUAGCACGGUGCUGCAGUUAUUCUAGAGAUAACUGUGGUCAGGCUGGCUACUCUUCACGCUCCCCGAUGUACCAGGAGGCUGCAGACCCUGUCAUUCAGAGCCUCGACAAGCCAUGCCCAUCAAGCACCUGCCAAAACUACAUAGCCACCACCAUGCUGACAGCUACAAGACAGAGCCUCUCCGAUCACACAAUUGGCAAAGAACCACAGGUCGUGAGGACAGGUCAAAGGCAGAACAGAGGGAUGAGAACUCGCCUGGGCUGCCUGUCUCACAAAUCAGACUCAUGUAAUGAUUUCACAGCCAUUCUUCCAGAUAAGCCCAACCGGGCUUUGAAAAGAUUAUCAACAGAAGAAGCCACAAGAUGGGCAGAUUCGUUUGACAGUCUCUUGUCCCAUAAAUAUGGGGUGGCUGCAUUCCGCGCCUUCCUGAAGACAGAGUUCAGCGAGGAGAAUCUGGAGUUCUGGCUGGCCUGUGAGGAGUUCAAAAAGACCCGGUCGACAACCAAACUGGCAUCCAAAGCCCACAGGAUCUUUGAAGAAUUCAUUGAUGUGCAAGCUCCUCGAGAGGUGAACAUAGACUUCCAGACACGAGAGGUGACAAGAAAUAAUGUGCAGGAGCCCUCACUAUCUUGCUUUGACCAGGCCCAGGGGAAAGUGCGCAGCCUCAUGGAGAAAGACUCUUACCCCAGGUUCCUGAGAUCCAAAAUUUACACAGACCUGCUGACCCAAACCCAGAGGAGGCUCAGCUAGAGCAGGGAUGGGACCCUCAGAAACCAUAAGCUUCCCAUGGCAGCCAAAACCAUUUCCAAAUGUGAAACUUCAUUGGUGUUUAAAAAAAGCGGUGGUAAAGGAGGAAGGGAAGAGAAAGGGGGAGCCCAUUUCAGAGUGUGACCCAAACGCAGUACUAGGACUCUUUGUAGAGUCUGUGUGUGUGUUUGGCUAGUGGUAGCACCUAGCAGAUUCUGGCCUAUUCAGGAUCAUAAAUAUGUCCUCUGUGGUGCACUGGGUCAUCUAUCAAGAAAGCAGGUUUCCCAAAACUUACUACACUGGUUAGUUCGUAAAUAAUGCCAAUAUGAACUUCCAUCCCUCCAGACCUCUUCCCCACGCUCACCUAUCUCACAUAUUUGGAGGGGACACUAAGGGCAGUCAUGUAACUGAGCACAAUCCAAAGCACUGCUGUCGAUCAUGUGAGGGCGUGGGCAGCUGGAACUCCAAGCUAGAGACCAUGGGGUUCCAAAAGCUACAGGCCUUGAGCUGUCUCCCCGGGUAGAACUGAUCAACUGAGUCAGCUCUUUCUUCCAUUUUUGUUGCUCACACUGUGAUGUCAGCCAUGAUCUUGCUGCACCCCCUCCCUAUCUGAUGAUGCCCCCCAACCCAAAGUCCUUCUCUUUAGGGGAGGGAAGCUGAAUGUUAUUUUCACAUGCAUUGUCAAGGAGCCAAAGUUUCCUCCCCAGGAGGCCAAACCCAAAGCCCUUACUAGAAAUGGUUCUAGUACAAAUUAUAAUUAUUAUUUGAUUGAUUUGUUUUGUGGGAGCAGAUAGGAGCCCCAGGCACGUUGCAGGGCCCCAUUGUGCUAGGCUCUAUACCAAAACCAUAACAAAAAGAUACUUCUUGCCCCAGAAGAGCUUUGUAGUGUUGGGAGGCAACAUGUGAUGUUCCAUGCUAAUCCCUAACAAGGAAGGGGAACGUAGGAGCUGCCUGUUAUGUGAGAACACACGUUUCAUGCAUUGCAUGAUUGGGCAUGACUGGGAGAGGUAAAAGUAAAGGGAUUUGUGUGCAACGUAGCACACCGCACACAACACUUAAAAACAGCCUCUGUCCUGACCUCAUGCAGCAUCUGAUAACAUUGAUACUGAAGUUAUUUGUAUUUAUUGUCCAUAGACUGCUUUUAUUUAUUGAUUGCUAACUGUGUGUUCAGUGCUGUACAGAUAAAUAUGGAGACGUGGUCCCUACUGUGAAAAUAGACAAGGCAGUGGAAACAUGUCAUGCACUGGAUGAGUCCAGUUUUGAAGCAGUAUAUAAGACACUUAUUUGCUGUUGUAUUUUCCAUAUUUUUGUUGCAUAGCUUAAGGAAAGAUUAUGCACAGACAUCAACUGUGUCACACAACCACCAAGUUAUGCAUAAAUAAAUGUACAGUAGGCUCCAA